AUGUCUCCGUCGGUUUGCCGGCCGCUCCUCCAUUACCCGGCGGCUGCCUGCCACCCGUACUACCAUUCCUCGGGCCACGAUGUCGCCGCGCUUCUUGUUGAGGACGCGUCGGCAACCAAGGCCGAAGGACAUGAGCCAGGCCUGUCGGAACCAAACGUGCAGUAUUUUCACAUAUUGGUCGAGGCCCGAACCUUUCCGCAGAAUCCCGCCGUGGCUAGCCGCUACCUGCCGUUGUUCAUCGCGACUCGCCCGUUCCCCUGGGACGUGGCCGCUAACUUGGCGCUCCCUCUUGCAUGGAUCGACGUCUCAGACGUCCGCAGUCUGCUGCCCCGAUAG